CCAAAAGGCAAUAUUGCUUUGCCAAUAGUGAUGGCCGUGCCAGUGUCAUCAGCUGCAAACUGGCUGCCCAGGAGCAUCCUAAUUAAAAAUAAACAGUUCUGAGGGGUGGUCUGGGAGAGUCCCGGGUUUCUCAGGACUUCUAGGAUCGCUCCCAGGGGAAAGUCACACCCGGGUCGCCUCUGGGUCCUUUUCUCAAAGGAGCCUCUCUCUCAUCACGGAGUGGUGUGAUGUGUGCUUCUUGAACUCCCAGGUCCUGGGGUGACAGGCAAACAGACACAGCCUCUAGGAGCAGAGUGCCUGGUGCCUUCAGCCCUGGGGGAAUAAUGAUUUCUGCUGGGUCUCUAAAUUGAGGGGACAGCUAAAGCCCAAAGCCUCUUCUGAGAGAGGUUAGAAUUUCAUCAGAAAGCGAGUGUGGUCACAUGAGGAUUUCUGGCACCGAGUGCAUGGCAGGCUGGACACCCGCCUGCCAGAAUUGAGCGAGUGGAUCGUAUUGGCUUCAGCGAAGAGGGAAAGUCCCAGCCUGGCCUGGGAGAAGGAGCCGCUCACUCCUCCCUCCUCUGCACAGCUGCUGCGGCAGGACUGGGGUGUCACGCCACAAGACCCCUCUCGGUUAACCCUAAAGAGAGUGUGUGGUCCAGGGACUGAAGAUUGAAAGAUGCCUAAGGAAUGCAAUGCCUUCCAUGCCCUCUCGGCCGCUCUGUGCUGCUUCUAUCACCGCAGGUCUUUCCUUGGAGUCAAGUUCUCCAAGGAGAGGCACGUCAUGGACAGGACCCCCGAGAGGCUGAAGAAGGAGCUGGAGGAGGAGCUGCUGCUGAGCAGUGAGGAUCUGCGCAGCCACGCCUGGUACCACGGCCGCAUCCCCCGACAGGUGUCAGAAAACCUCAUGCAGCGAGAUGGUGACUUCCUGGUUCGUGAUUCUCUGUCCAGCCCGGGGAACUUCGUUCUGACCUGCCAGUGGAAGAACCUGCCUCAGCACUUCAAGAUCCGCCGGACGGUGGUGCGGCUCAGCGAGGCCUACAGCCGCGUGCAGUACCAGUUUGAGAUGGAGAGCUUCGACUCCAUCCCCGGCCUGGUGCGCUGCUACGUGGGCAACCGGCGGCCCAUCUCGCAGCAGAGCGGAGCCGUCAUCUUCCAGCCCGUCAACAGGACGGUGCCCCUGCGUUGCCUGGAGGAGCGCUACGGAGCCUCCUCCCCAGACCCGGCCCACGAGGGCAGCCUCACGGAGGGGAGACUGGAUGCGGCCAAGAGGCUGAGCCUCACUGUGGGCGGCACCCAGGCCCGAGAGCAGGGCUUGCCCAGGGGCAACCUCCUCAGAAAUAAAGAGAAGAGUGGGAGCCAGCCAGCCUGCCUGGAUCACAUGCAGGACAGAAGAGCCUUGUCCCUCAAAGCCCACCAGUCGGAAAGUUACCUGCCAAUUGGUGGUAAGCUGCCCCCUCAGUCCCCAGGUGUGGGCACAAGCCCCUGCCCGAGCUCACCAGUGUUCAGGACGGGUAGCGAGCCAACUCUGAGUCCAGCUGUGGUGCGGAGGGUCUCCUCGGAUGCUAGGCCAGGGGAGGCGCUGAGGGGCUCAGACAGCCAGCUAUGCCCCAAGCCGCCCCCCAAGCCCUGCAAGGCACCCCUGCUCAAAGCUCCCCCGUCUCCAUCUAUCUGGCUCAGCUCUGAAGCCAACUACUGUGAACUGAACCCAGCCUUGGCGGCCGGCUAUGAUGGGGCAUCUAGGCUGCCCUUCUGUGCCCAGGACAGCUACGUGGAGUUGCUGACAGCUAAGCAGAAUGGGGGGCUGAGCACCCGGAACUCUGACACCAGCUACUUGAUCCUUGAUGAUGAUGACAGGACAAGGCCUUGGAAGCCGCCGCCAGCCCCAGGGGACACAGGGCGGGAGGACCAGGACACAUUUGUGAUGCCUCUCCUAGAGACCACCUCUUCGUUCAAGCCCAAUGACUUUGAGUCGAAGCUGCUUCCUCCUGAGAACAAGCCCCUGGAAACUUCGAUGCUGAAGCGUGCAAAAGAACUGUUCACCAACAAUGACCCCAAGGUCAUCGCCCAGCACUUGCUCAGCACGGACUGCAAGGUCGCGAGGAUACUUGAAGUCUCGGAAGAGAUGAGGAAGAACAUGGGCGUGAACUCAGGGCUGGAGCUCAUCACCUUGCCUUACGGUCACCAGCUGCGCCUGGACAUCAUUGAAAGACACAACACGAUGGCCAUCGGCAUUGCAGUGGACAUUCUGGGCUGCACGGGCAGUCUGGAGGAGAGAGCAGCCACCCUCAAUAAGAUCAUCCAGGUGGCAGUGGAACUGAAAGACUCCAUGGGGGACCUCUAUUCUUUCUCAGCCAUCAUGAAGGCCUUGGAAAUGCCACAGAUCACACGGUUAGAAAAAACAUGGACUGCCCUGCGACACCAGUACACACAAACCGCCAUCCUCUAUGAGAAACAGCUGAAGCCUUUCAGCAAAAUCCUGCAUGAAGGCAGAGAGUCCACAUGUGUUCCCCCAAACAAUGUAUCAGUCCCACUGCUGAUGCCUCUUGUGACCUUAAUGGAGCGCGAGGCUGUCACUUUUGAAGGAACUGACAUGUGGGAAAAAAACGAUGAAAGCUGUGAGAUUAUGCUGAACCAUCUGGCAACGGCCCGACUCAUGGCGGAAGCUGCAGACAGCUACCGGAUGAAUGCUGAGAGGAUCCUGGCAGGUUUUCAACCAGAUGAAGAAAUGAGUGAAGUCUUCAAGACUGAAUUCCAAAUGAGAUUGCUAUGGGGCAGCAAAGGUGCACAAGUCAAUCAGACAGAGAGAUAUGAAAAAUUCAAUCAGAUUUUAACUGCCCUCUCACGUAAACUGGAACCUCCUCCUGUAAAGCAGAUGGAGUUUUGAUAACUCUCCAGAGAAGCUUAGGAUAUAAUUUCAAGCUUAUCCACUUUGUCCUCUGAGAAAGCUUAUCAUUUGAUAAAGUAAUAAUGUGCAAAUCUGACAAUAUACAGCUUUUAGUAUCCACAGGAUAUUAAACAUGUAAAUUGCACAGAGCACACUUAUUUAUGAACUGUUUAAAAUUACUACUGAUUUUAAAAUAAAUGAUAAUUUAUUAAGGUAACUGUUGCUAAUGUUGAUCAGCAAAUUUAAGUGAAGACCCAGCUAUAUUGACUGGUUGCUUUCUAUUACUGAGGUAUAUGACCAUUUCAGUUUUAAUUCCAUGUCAGAUAAGUGUAAAUAGAAGAGUUUAAAAGCAUGAAACUGAAGAUAUCAGUUGUAUGAUAUUCUCUAACUAAAUAUGAAAAAUGUAAAUAGUCAUAUGAAAAUAUAUCUUUUUGUGAAA